AUGCCACCUCUGAGAUCUCGCAGCAGCAGUGGUGCGGGACAAGGCCCCGGGGCUAAAGCUGCCAAACAAGGACAAUUGCCAAGUACAUUUGUGGAAGACCUUGCACAGUCAAGACUACCAUCCACGAUUGCCAAUCUAGUAUCUCCUAGCGAUCCCGAAGAGGCAAUCACAGUAUUCACACAACAUGAUUGCUCAAAGCUUGCGGGGGGCUUGCCAUCUCCCGCGGCAAACAUUGCUCCCGCGGAAAUCCUACUUCAGAUCUACUCCAUGUUAACGCCCCGGGACUUCGACAAUGCACGGCGGACAUGUUCACAAUGGAUGAGGAUCAGCCUGAAUCGCAAUUUAUUGGAAGGGAUGUUGAAGAGGGCGGGCUGGUGGGACGCGUACCUGCAAGACGCCGAGGCGCAACUAGUUCUUCGCCGCCCCUCCAGCGAAGAAAGUGAUGUUUGGAGGAUGAGCAAGCGUUUUGCAACGGAAUGCCUAUUGUCGGGACGAAAGGCGAACGUCGAGAAGCCAGGUUUUAUUGCAACCGGUAUUGUCGACUUUUCAGGACUUUCUCAAGGCAUAAAUACGAAAGCUCGAACAUCUUUAGCGCGUGACUUUCCAAAGCAUGCUCGAAAUGGAAGUUCGCGGUCAUCAUCGACGUUCAGCGUUAGCAGUUGCAGCAAUUAUGUCCUGGUGACUACGGGCUGCAUGAUCUAUGUGUUCCGUCUGCUUGGUAGGAGGGCCACGACAAUGCCUUCUGCGGAUCUGAGUGAUACGGAUCUGGAACCGAUAUCUAGUAUUGAAUGUCCAUCCGAGGUUCUAUCCGCCACGUUCGACACAACUACGCCACGUUUCAUCGUCGCCGCUUUGCUGCGGAACCGGGUCGGUAUGGUCUGCGAUGUGGAGGUAUGCAAGCAGGGUUCGCCUGCAGCUGGCUCAGCAAAGAAUACGCAGACUUUCAAGUCCACCACAUCUCAAAAAACCCUUCAUCCAAUCUCGAAUGCCAGCCAUUCCUCUCCACACUAUUAUUACAAUGUCUGCUCAGAAGAUCACCCACCGCGAACAAUCGCACUCUGCCCAGGUCGCCGAUGCGUGGCCUUCGGAUGUGCAGGCGGCAUAGAGAUCCACUGGGUCGACGAGACAACCCGCAAGGACCAGCGAAGACACUUCCCCAUGUCCCAACCCUCGGAGAUACUACAUUUCCUACCUAGCAGCCCCGACAAUCCGACGGAACUGCGCCUCAUCUCAUCUCUCGCUGGUCCGGGAGUCCACGAGUGCGCAUGCCGACAGUCACCCAACCCUGAUCACCCAAAGAAGUGUCAGUUUCAUCUUCUUUCCAACGUACAGCCUUUCAAUCAUCGGGAUCCCCCGAAUACAUCCACCCUUAGUCUUGUCCGGGCUACUCAUUGCCACCAUUACCGCGCCGUCCCGAUCAACGACGGCUUCCACAUCAUCUUCGUUGAGCCGAGGACCGGCUUCCUCUGCAUCGGAUCCGAUGCACCAAUCGGUGGCCCAACAAGUUUAACACGAGCAUUUGUCUGUGUCCCACCCUUCGGAAAAGACCCAACAGAGAGCAUCAAAGAAGCCCGCGCGCCGUCUGUAUUUACCGUCGGCUCUGAUCGCAAAUGGGGCCUUCGCAUUGUGGCUGCAUAUCAAGACCGCAUCGUCAUAUACUCUGUGCCACUCGAUGUCUUCAAUGUCAUUCGCAAAGAGCGCGAGCGCCAAGGCGACAGCGUAAUGGGUGACAGUGACUUGGCACGCGACUGGUUCGUUAACUCGGACCGGUUCCACAAGCGGCGUGAAAGUCUUGUCCAGAAUCAAAACGGGGAUUGGGAGUUCUUGUUGAGUGUGAACUACCAGCCAACUGCGAUGAUGUGGCCGUUCAAGAUAUACGGCAAGGAGAUCGGUCGUGUGGAUAACCUGGUCGAGCUUGCGCUGCAGUCUUCCCAUGGCGGAGCGCGUAUCUGGGCCUUCAGUGCAUCAGGUCAAGCCACAGUCUUCGAUAUUGAUACGUUUACGUCGACAACUCAAUCUGCAGCCGAUAUCCCUUGCAAGUUUGUCACAGUUGGAGCAGACGGUAGCUUGGAGUCAUCUCGGUUCGUUGAUCGCGCCCAGGUGGGAAUCACGUCACUGGAGGGGUCUCGUAAACGCAAGUCUACAGAACUUGGAAAUGAUUUCGUGGGUCGAUAUGGUACCAGUCGCUUUGUACCGAGCAUGGCACUUGAUGGUCCAGAGUCUACCAGCAACGCAGCAGUGGCACUGGCCCCAAAUGAAAACUCAUCAGUCCGUCGUCCUUCAUUCGCGGCAUGCAUUGUGGAUUUCAAGAUCCCCGAGUUGGGGCCACGAGAAGGUCGCUGGAGAGAUAGCGGGAUAGUGACAGUGACCUGA